UUCACAUUCGCAGCUGCUGGAGAACGGAGAAAGGAGCGAGAUUGGUCAGUGAAAAUGGAAGAAGGCAUGCAAAUGCAAUGCCUAUAACAUAACAUAACUUAACUACGCUCGCCCCCAACCAACCCACACAAUAAUGCUUAGGAAAAAAGCUUCUUCAAACACCAUUUCCCGCCACCUCAUUUUUCGAAAAACCUACGUAUAUGCAACAAAGCAACAACAACAACAACAACAACCUCUUAGUGAAACACUCUUGUCUCUGUCGAAAAAAUGUGUAUCCAUCAAACAGUUACAACAAAUACACACCCAAAUGCUCAUCAACUCCAUUCACAAACCCAAUUUCCUUCUCUCCAAAAUCAUUGGCCUCAAACACUUCUCCUAUGCUUCCCUUCUUUUCUCCCAUAUCCCUCAACCCAAUGACUACGCUUUCAAUGUCAUGAUACGUGGCCUAACCACCACAUGGCUUAAAUACUCUCUUGCUCUUGAUUUUUAUUACCGCAUGAAGUUUUUGGGCCUAAAGCCGAAUAACUUUACGUACCCUUUUUUGUUCAUUGCUUGCGGCAACCUUUUCGCGUUAAAUCAUGGCCGGGUGGCUCACUCGUCUGUAUUUAAAGUUGGGCUGGACAGUGAUGAUCAUACUUAUCAUUCUUUGAUCACUAUGUAUGCUCGGUGUGGUGAGUUGAGUUGUGCACGGAAAGUGUUUGAUGAAAUUACUGAGAGGGAUUUGGUUUCUUGGAAUUCAAUGAUUUCGGGGUACUCAAAGAUGGGGUAUGCUGGGGAUGCGGUGGGAUUGUUUCAAGAAAUGAGGGGAUUGGGGUUUGAGCCAGAUGAAAUGACUUUAGUGAGUGUUCUUGGGGCGUGUGGGGACUUAGGAAAUUUGAGUCUGGGGAGGUGGGUGGAGGGGUUUGUAGUGGAGAAUAAGAUGGAGCUGAACUCUUAUGUGGGUUCUGCAUUGAUUGAUAUGUACGGAAAGUGUGGCGAUUUGGUUGCAGCAAGGAGGGUAUUUGAUAGUAUGGCAAAGAAAGAUGUCGUCACAUGGAAUGCCAUGAUUACGGGAUAUGCACAAAAUGGAAUGUCGGAUGAAUCGAUAAUGCUAUUUAACGGCAUGAAAGAGGCAGGUGUUGAUCCAGAUAAAAUCACAUUGAUUGGAGUGCUGUCUUCAUGUGCCUCAAUUGGAGCCCUUGACAUUGGGAAAUGGGUUGAUACAUAUGCAUCAGAAAGAGGCUUGCAUCAUGAUAUUUAUGUGGGUACUGCACUAAUUGAUAUGUAUGCCAAGUGUGGGAAUUUGGACAAUGCACUAAGAGUUUUUGAAGAAAUGCCCCAGAAAAAUGAGGUCUCUUGGAAUUCAAUGAUAUCUGCAUUUGCUUUUCAUGGGCAAGCGCAGGCUGCCCUAUCAUUAUUUAAGCGCAUGACAAACGAUGGUGGAGCUGCUCACCCAAAUGACAUCACUUUUGUAGCAGUACUCUCUGCAUGCGUUCAUGCAGGAUUGGUUGAUGAGGGUUGUAAUUUUUUUGAUAUGAUGAGUUCAUCUUUUGGUUUGGUCCCGAAAAUUGAGCAUUACUCUUGCAUGGUUGAUCUUUUGGCACGUGCGGGACGUCUCUAUGAAGCUUGGGACUUCAUUGAGAAGAUGCCUGAAAAACCUGAUGAAGUUGCAUUGGGGGCUUUGCUUGGUGCCUGUCAUAAGCGCAGAAACAUUGAUAUCAGUCAGCGGGUUGUGCAACUGCUUCUGGAGUUGGAGCCUUUAAAUUCUGGAAAUUAUGUGAUUUCAUCAAAGAUAUUUGCAAAUUUGAAAAGGUGGGAUGAUUCAGCAAGGAUGAGAGUUUUAAUGAGGCAGAGGGGUGUCAUGAAGACUCCUGGUUGUAGCUGGAUUGAGGUUGAGACUCAACUUCAUGAAUUUCAUGCUGGUGAUGGUUUACAACAUAAUUGUAGAGAGAUUUAUGAAUUAAUGGAUCUGCUUUAUGAGGACCUGAAGAGGGAAGGUUAUAUUCCAAUGAUUGGUGAAUUUGCUGAACAAGGAGUGGAAGAGGCAACGUUGUUACAGAGACCGAUGAGUUAAGAACUUGCUUUACUUAGCAGUCUUCUCAACCAAACAAUAUGCUUGGAGUCACCAUGUUUUCAGGUUGGAGAAAAAUCCGUGUUGACAUGACCAGAAAGAACGGUAUCAAAAUGCAUUGUGUUGGGAUUUAAAAGAACAGAAUGGUUUUCAGGGACAAAUUUUGAAGAAUAAGAGGAAGUCAAGGCAUAAUCGUUGAUUUCAGAUUAGUUUCUUUAGUGAGGAUAAUCCUUUCAAUGUCUAAGGCUUUCAAAGCAAAUAAGGUAAUGAACUGCUAAUGUGGCUGACUUACCAGGAAAAAUUAUGCUUUAGGACGGCAAAGAGUCCAAGAGCCAAAUUUGAUAAAUGGAUCAUAUGGGAAGAAAUUGGCAUGGAUUAUACUCCUUAAAGGUUAGACAUGGAGUUGACCAAUGUAAGAAGAUGAGAAAUUUGCAUGACUUAAAUCUUUUCAAUGGCAGCAGCUGAAGGGGAAAUGGAUCCAAAGUAGAGUAUGCGGCUACUUUGAAGAAAGCAUUCAUAAUUAUGGAUUCCACAAAGGCAGCAGUGCUACUGUUACAGGCAGUAUUGAUGGUUGAACCAUGUUGUGAUAGCCAUAGGUUGCCGUUCUUCUAGCUGAAAAAAGGAUUCCUAAUACACGUGGUAAAAUCAUGGCUCUCGUAUGCUAAUGGAGCUUGAGACUGUUCUUAAACUUAGUUACUACCAUUUUUCUU